GGGUUAUUCAUGAGUGACAAUGUAAAAAGCGUCACUUUCCUUAUCAUUAGAUUUUCGGUUAGAUUCAGGCAACAAUCUCAGUUGAAAAGUUCCUAUUUGGGUGCUUUCAUUCUCCUCUUUCUUCAUCAAUUUGCAAACCCCCCUUCUCUCUCAUCAAUCUAGCUCUUAGGUUGAUUUUAAAUCACUAAAAAUACUGCUUUUUUGCUCUCUUGGAGUUUGAAAUCUCCUCAAGCUCCAAGUAAUUAACUUUAUGCAGUGAAUUUUGCACAAACAAAAUCUGGGUUAUGCAUAGCUUCUUCUGUAAUGUUGGUUUUCCUUUACAAAAAGCAAAUUUCAGUUGUCACAGAAAAAAGAAAAGGGCUUUUAUAUUGAACAGUUGAAUUCAAUCUAUUUGACAAAAAAAAAUCUAGGCUUUUGGUUUUAGAGAUUAGUAUGAGAGUUUGAGGAGAGAUUAUUUGGUGAGAGAUUUCAUCUAUGGCUGGUGAAGAUUUAGUGGAGCUCAAAUUCAGGCUUGCAGAUGGAACAGAUAUUGGUCCAACCAAGCAUACUCCAGAUACAACUGUUGCAUCUCUCAAAGAGAAAAUACUUGCUCAGUGGCCUAAAGACAAAGAAAAUUGCCCAAAGACAAUACAGGAUGUGAAGCUAAUUAAUGCUGGAAAGAUACUUGAAAACAACAAGACACUUGCUGAGUCCACACUUCCAGUUGGUGAACUUCCAGGAGGUGUAAUUACAAUGCAUCUCGUUCUGCGCCUUCCUUUGUCAGACAAAAACAAUGAGAAACAACAGGAUGAUUCUCCAAAGAAAAGUAGCUGUUCAUGCACAAUAUUGUAGCUGCUUAAUCAGAUCCGAUACUGGUUUCUUCAAUGCAUUCCUGUUAGAUUUGUUCAGAUUGCAAUCCUUCAUCUUUACAUGUUUGAGGCUUAUUCUGAUGGCUACAGAAACAUAAACAGAAAAAGUAGUACGGUUUGGUUUUACUGGAAUAUCUUGCAUUUCCAUUGUUGCUUCUGAAAAAAAAAGGGUAAAAGACAAGUGUUCAAUUUGAAGUUUAGUUGAUUAUGGAUCAGAAAAAGAUUAAAAAGUGAAAUUUAUAGAAGAAAUUAUUAA